AUGAAUAGAGAACCUGAAUCGGCAGAUGUAGAGAUCAUCUCCGUAGAGAGCACGAAGCUUAUCACAUUGUUCAUCGAAGGAUUCCUCGGCAAAAAAGGAACACUCAACUUCACCAGUGCCUUGAUUUUAUCAGGAGUCCCCGAUGUCACCCACAAUGUGGAGAGUGGUGAACUUGGUGUGAUCGUUAAUGGGUGCACCCUUGGUGUCGCCGUAGCCGCGGAGGUCCGAGCCAUGCUCGGUAGCCGUGAGCGGCCAAGUAGAGGAUCUGGUGGCGCCAUGAGUACAGCGUUCAGGGAAGCCGUGGAGUUAAUUUAUUAA